AUGCGAAAGGCAUAUGAUAGGUUGGAGUGGAACUUCGUGGAAGAUAGGUUGGAGUGGAACUUCGUGGAAGAUAUGCUCUUAAAGUUGGGCUUUGAUCGGCUUUGGGUUGACCGGGUGAUGUCUUGUAUUAAGACAGUCACUUAUAAUCUCCUUAUUAAUGGCUGCAUAACGGGUAAUAUCAUCCCGACAAGGGGGAUUAGACAGAGAGACCCAAUCUCACCUGCUAUUUUCAUUUUAUGUUCUCAAGCUCUUACUGCUGUUAUUAAAAGAGCUAAGGCUGCAGGGAAUCUUCACGGUGUUAGGGUUGAUAUUUGGAAGGACAAUUGGAUCCCUUCGCUGCCCAACUAUAAGGUGCAAUCCCAAAGGCCCGUGGACUGUGGGCUCACUUUUGUUACUGACUUAAUUGAUCCAACUAGCCGCACGUGGAAGACUAGCCUCUUACAGCGCCUGUUUCAACUUGCGGAGGUUAAUGCUAUUUUAAAGAUCUCUCUUAGUUUCUUCGCUGAAGAGGAUAUUCAGGUCUGGGGUGCCUCCAAGGAUGGGCGCUUCUUUAUGAAGUCGGCAUAUUGGCUUCUUGCGAAGAAGGAGGAGGAGGACCAGAGAUCAAGGGCAGCAACAUCUAAAGUUCGCAACUGGGAGAUGAUUCCAGAAAUGGUUUGGAGGAGAAUCUGGAAGAUUGAUACUCUGCCGAAGAUAAAAGCCUUUAUUUGGAGAACUUGCAAUGAAGGACUCCCAACAGGCUCAGGCCUUCAUGCCCGACACAUUCCCAUUGAUCCAGUGUGCCCACGCCGUGGAUUUGAGAAGGAAAUUGGGGAUCAUCUGUUGUUGGAUUGUCCCUGCGCAAGAGCGGUUUGGCAUGGAAGUUCUCUUCAUUAUUCCCCUCCUACGGAUGUAACUCCCACCAUUGUUGGCUGGUUAGGUAGCUGGGAUGUCGUGUUUCGACAUGACAAAAGGUUGGUGCAUGAGGCACUGUCGAAGUCUCAGGUUGCAGAUAGAGACUCCCCCCCUCAUGUCUGGACUGUACCUCCAACAAGUAUUACUAAGAUAAACUGCGAUGCUACUCUCCCGCAAGACAAUGCAAAGGGUGGUCUGGGAUUGGUUUUGCGAGAUCAUGCUGGUAAUCAGAGAAAGUUUGUUUCCAUUCCCAUGUGUUUCAAUUCAGCUCUUCAAGGAGAACUGCUGGCUGUUUGUGCUGCUCUGCGGCUGGCUCUUGAGUUAGGUCUCACGCAGGUUCAGGUUGAGUCAGAUUGUAGAGAGGUUGUGAACUAUAUCUUGGAUCACUCGUAUACAACCCCUAUUGAUUCAGCUGUGGUGCUUGGUGACAUUUGGAAGCUCUCUGCUUCCUUUUCUUCUAUUUCUUUUCACUAUAUUUCUAGGGCUAUUAAUGGUGUUGCCGAUGCCCUAGCCAAGAAAGCCCUGUCAUUGGUGUGUUUGACAGAUUAG